AACGGCGUGCUGGCGGUGCAGACGCUGCGGAACAGCAUCAUGGCGUCGACGGUGCUGGCGUCGACGGCCAUUGCCCUGAGCUCGCUCAUCGCCGCGAUGAUGACCGGGUGUGGCGCCUACACCGCAAGGAACCACCACUUGGUGGGCGACCUCUACUCCGUCAAGCUCUUCGCUAUCCUCCUCUGCUUCUUGCUCGCCUUCCUGCUCAACGUGCAGUCGAUCCGGUUCUACAGCCACGCCAGCCUGCUGGUGAACGUACCUGUAAAGAGCCACCGGUGCGCGGCGGAGUACGUGGCGAGAGCGUUGGACAGGGGAAGCCUCUUCUGGUCGCUCGGAUUGAGGGCUUUCUACGUCUCGUUCCCUCUGUUCCUGUGGGUGUUCGGGCCCGUCGCCAUGCUCUGCUGCUGCAUCGUCCUGGUGAUUCUCCUCUACUCUCUGGAUGCGUACUCCGGCUGGGGCAUGGAGACGACGCCGCCGCCGGACGAGGAAAUGGCCGUACUGUGAAAACGAUGAUUAAUCAAUGCAUGCUUUGGAAUGACAACGGACCAUAGAUCAGCUCGCUUAGAUAUGAGCAAAAUAUUUUUAUAGAUUGUAGUUUUGACUCCUAAAAUUAAUAUUUUGCAUUGUAAUACAAUGCAAACUUUGAUAUAUAUCUGUUAGUAAAUGGUUUAGAAUUAA